AUGCAGGACUUCCUCUGGAGGAACCGCAGCUCUCUUACUGAGUUUAUUCUUUUAGGAUUCUCUAGCAACAAACAGAUAAAUAUUAUUCUCUUCAGUAUCUUCCUCUUACUCUACCUCGUCACCCUUCUAGGCAAUGGGCUCAUUAUCACCCUGAUACGUAUGGACGCUCGCCUCCACACACCCAUGUACUUUUUCCUCAAUGUCCUUUCUAUUCUGGAUAUGGGAUAUGUUACCACCACAGUGCCCCAGAUGUUGGUGCAUCUGGUUUGCCAGAAUAAGACCAUCUCCUAUACUGGAUGUGUAGCCCAGAUGUACAUAUUCCUGAUGCUGGGUAUCACUGAGUCUUGGCUUUUUGCAAUCAUGGCUUAUGACAGGUAUGUGGCCAUUUGCCAUCCUCUCAGGUAUAAGGUCAUUAUGAGCCCUUUGUUGUGUGGGUCAAUGGUGGCAUUCUGUGGAUUCUGGGGUAUCAGCUGUGCCUUGAUAUACACAGUCUCUGCUAUGAUUCUUCCUUAUUGUGGUCCCAAUGAGAUAAACCACUUCUUCUGUGAAGUACCUGCUGUUUUGAAGUUGGCUUGUGCAGACACAUCUCUCAACGACCAAGUGGAUUUCAUUCUGGGCUUCAUCCUUCUCUUGGUUCCACUCUCCCUUAUCAUCCUUGUCUACAUUAAUAUCUUUGCUGCCAUCUUGCGGAUUCGCUCAACUCAAGGGCGGCUCAAGGCCUUCUCCACCUGUGCCUCUCACAUCACUGUGGUCACUAUGUUCUCUAUACCAUGCAUGGUUAUGUACAUGAGACCUGGUUCGGAGGCCUCCCCAGAAGAGGACAAGAAGCUGGCUCUAUUUUAUAAUGUGAUUUCUGCCUUUCUUAACCCCAUCAUUUAUAGCCUCAGGAACAAAGAUGUAAAGAGGGCUUUUCUCAAAGUCACAGGAUGGGGAAAAGUGCCAGAAUAA